ACCAAAGUUCACCUGGAGUUAGCAGAGCGCUCUGUUCGCCUUCCCACUAUGGGAACAUCAGCUGAUUACCUGGAUGACAGAGGUAAGAGGACUAAGACGACUAAGAGGACCAAGAGGACUAAAGCCUUUGUUCUAAGAGGACUGUGGCGUUUUGGAAGAUGCUCUCGUGCUUCCGAACAAGCUGAUGGCGUGGUCUUCUGCGUCGCCGUCUUGUUAAUUUGCUCUCUGUGUUUUGUAGAGUGCCAAGGUGAUACUGGCCCGGAUGAUGUUGUUACCAUGGCAACAUUUCAGCGCAGUGGAGCAGCCUCGAAAGACACUUACCUGAAGUACCUUAGCGAAAUACCAGACCUCGUCCAGAUAACCUUCUGCUUCCGCUUGUAUCUCUUUCAAGCACGAGACGAAAUCAUGGUACUGUCGUAUGCUCACCCUGAAAACGAUAAUGAAUUAUACUUUGGGUUUCAUUACAAAAAUAGUGAACUGAUGAUGACCUGUUGUGACCCCAAGUGGACGCAGGACAUAAAGUUGAAAGUGGAACUGCACGUCUGGUCGUCUAUUUGCGUGUCUCUAGACUUCGCUAAUGGGACGAAUGUGGUCGUUCAGGAUGGAAAAGUCAUACCUGGUAUCAUAGACGAGUCUCUCGGAAAUCCGUUUAUACGUGGAGGGGGUAUGCUGUACAUUGGCCAGGAACAGGACCGCCCUGGGGAAGGCUUCGAUAAGACCCAAAGCCUGGCCGGAUCCCUGGUGGACUACCGCCUUUAUGAGAAGAUCUUCUCAAUAACAAUCUUGGAACAAUACACUAACUGUGAGCCUAUGCAAGUCUCUGCUACUCCGUUUAUCGAUUUUAGUAACAUCACCAGUGACUUCGAAGUUAGCGACGUAGAAAUUGAAGACGGGGUUGGUAGUCACUUUUGCAGUGAAUGGAAGCCCUAUGACAUCUUGUUCCCGGAGGUGCGAACUUUUGAUGAAGCUUCUCAUCACUGCCAGAUUCUCGCAGCCAACCUGAAAGCACCAAAGAAUAACGACCAUAAUGCAGAGCUUAACAACCUCUCUCUUAAGCAUGUCGACACCUGCGGCAGCGUAUGGCUGGGUAUUCAGCGUAAUGUGACGGGGAAGUACUGGUACGACACGUCUACGCAGACAAAAAUUACCUACGCUAACUUCGGGCACAAAGCAGCCUUCGAUGACUCUGAGGCCUGUGCGUCAUUCAAGCGAAGCCAAGAUACCGUUUCUUCGGGCGAGUGGGCGCCUAGGAACUGCGAGAUGAAAUUCUGCGCCGUCUGUCGCUUCAAACAGAUGUCGUUCUUAAAGCUGCGAGGUUUAUGCGAGAGGUCACUGUUCGAUCGCGAAUAUUUCCUCCCCAAUACCAAAGACUCACCCAUGUUCAACGGGGCGUACUACUCCGUCAUAACCAAACACGCUCCCCCUGAAAAUGCCUCGGCGUCAGACUUCGGCUUCUGGCAGCUGUCGCGCCUCGACGACCCCAGCGUGAGGGCAACGCUGGCCCUGAGGUUCCCCACCCACUACCCGGUGGGCCUCAACAACUGGACAGUGAGCAAUGACGUCUGUGGGGGCCGGGAAGUCCCGCUGAGGAUGACCUCGUGCAGGGAGCGCCAGUUCUCUUGCGACGACGGGACCUGCAUUCCCAUCCACCAGCGAUGCAACAAGGAAAUCAAUUGCCCCGACGAAUCAGACGAGGUUUCUUGCAACUUCUUGGUCUUUCCUUCGAGGUACGACGACAAGUCUCCGCCGCCGCGCCUGCACCCUUCUAGCCCGGUCAACGUGUCCGUGUAUGUCCUGAUGCUGUCGAUGCGCGCCUUCGAUCUCACGGGUUUCAACUUCGUCUGCGAAAUCGAAGUGCGCUUCUCGUGGAAGGACUCUCGGCUGACGCUGCUGCACCUGAAGAAUGACAGCUUCUUAAACAUCAUUCACUUGACGGAGCGCAUGCCCUGGAAGCCCGACGUGGAGUUCUUCGGCGAUGCCCUGACUACGAGCGACGUGAACAAUCGAUACAGCUUCCUCAUGGCCCAGAGGAAGAAGAAGCCUCUGCCUGACAACAGUGCAAAACUAUGGGAAGAUGAGACCUUCGAAGGCCGUGACAAUCCGCUGGUGAUGGUGCAGAAACUCACAGUCACGACCUCAUGUCAAUUCGACCUCAUAACGUUCCCUUUCGACACACAGACAUGCAAAUUGGGUUUGGUGCUACGAGGGCUGACGAAGGACUACAUCGCCCUCGUGUCCGAAGGACCAGGCGUCAAGUACAUCGGCAAGAGGAAACUUCUGGAGUAUUACUUGAAUGAGGAAUUCAUGGCACCUGAAGACGUGGGAAACUACAGCGGCCAAGUGAUCGAGAUGAAAUUCCGCAACCUGUCCACCUUCUACGUCACGUCAACGUACAUCCCGACCUUCAUCAUCGUCGUCAUCGGGUACAUCGUGUUCUUCUUCCCCGUCGAGGAUUUCAACGAACGUAUCAUGGUGGCUCUGACGGCGCUCCUGGUCGAGGCUGCCUUCUUCACGCAGAUGAGCUCCUCGAUCCCCCAGACAGCUUAUCUUAAAUUGGUGGACAUCUGGUUUGUGUACUGCAUCACAAGCCUCUUCUUGGUUGUUGUUACAGUUGCUUUCAUCAACUGGUGCAAGAAAUGUGCCCCUGCUUUCGUACUGUGGUUGAGGAAGCACGAAGUCAAAUCUGAAGGCAGGCUUGCAUCCCGCCGUACCGCUCUCGCUUCCAGGUUGAAUAUCCUUUGCCGCAUCGUGUGUCCUAUUCUGACUGCUCUCUUCUUCAUCUUCUAUCUGACCAUGGCCGCACUCAUCGAAAUACCCAAGUUACCCAUCGAAAUUCCGAAUUACCAAAGUUUCUUCUCUAAGUGAUUUUUUUUCCUCUUAGCUUCUACUUCAUCCCUGGAAGCGUCACCCAGAAAAGCGGUCGUUGAGCCUGUCCUAGGCAGUUUGGCAACGCCUUUUCUUCCACUAUUAACGUAAUUUUGAUUCUUGGUUGAUUUACGAUUCAGCAUUUAAAGCAGCUAGGGUGUAAAAUCAUGAUCCCUGGCUGACUGGUGAUUUGAGCCUAUGAUACUGUAGCGGCAAGUCGUUGAAUGCAAGGCCAGAAAUAGUCUCUAAUAACAUCUAACCAACAUUUAUAACACUUUAGACACCAGCCAACCAGCAACUACAAUGAUCCAGAAAUCAGAGCUUUCACUUUAAGAGUCUUGAUAUAUUAAAAAUACUUUCAACAUGAAGGAAUUUACUGUACUUGAAUUGUACGCAGUUUUCCGGUACGUAAGACUGUAUUUUUCAGUGUACCUCCUCAUUCUAACCACACAUCUAUGUAAAUAAUGCACUUGAUAGAAGGCACCAAGUACAAUGCUUUGAGAAACUGUGUAACCAGGACGUUCACAGAUCUCAAGGUUACUCACACAUUCCUCACACACCGAUAUUGCCUGUGUUAUAUAUUUCUUUGGUUUUCCUAACUGUAGUGAUUGCAUGGUCGCUGAGAUCAUUCGUGAACAGAACUUUAUUAGAGACAACGAAAUAUCACAGUGUUUAUCUUAAUGAAUAUUUGCUCUGCCUGAUUAUGAUUUUUGCAUCGAUAUUUAACGUUUAUAUUAGUAAGCCAAUCAUUGAUUUAGCACGUACAAUCAAUUGCACUCUUGUUAUUUGUAAAAAAAAAAGAGAGAGGGGGGAUAUAUAGGAGUAUGUCCUAUUACGUUCCAAUUUCCACGGGUAUUUUUUUUCUUUUCCUUUUUGAAUCCAUGAGCUUGAUGUAGAAAAGAAAAUCCUAUCGUCCAGUUUUAUUUUCGUAAACCAUUAUGAAACUGCAAAUAAGGAAAUCAUAUACAUUACCAAGUAACAGUAAUAACAACCAUCAUAAUAUACUGGACAUUCACUGGGGUCGUCCAUGCUGUCACGUGACCUAAAUUGGUAUCGAAGUGCCAAUUGUUACGUGCUUGUUACUCCUGUUACUUCAGAAGUACUGUUGAAUGUAUUUUAAUUAUUGCUAAUAGAACUCGGUACUAU